UCCAUAACAAACUAAUUUUCGACAUUAUUUUGCUGCAUAUGUCAUUGCCUGGAUUGGUUACAAUUUAUGAAUAUAGCUGAUCGAUAGAAUACAUAUAUACCGAUUUGACACCGCUGGGAAUGAUAGGAUCAGAAUGAAUCUGCUGUUGUAGGUGUUUGCUGUCACCAGGAUCCUGUGCAAAACCUGCUUAUCCACAUGAUACUGUUUCUAUCAGAAAUUGUUCGAUAAAACCAGAACCAUGGCAAGUGCUAAACAACAAACAGCAGUUACCAAAGUAAUGUCACUUUUACAGCAAUGGGACAAAGGUUCAAAAUCCGUAAGAGGGCAGAUAUUAUCAAACUUUGUGUCCCAGAACACGAACAAAACAGCACCCGAGUUAGAAGCUGAGUUUGCACAGGCCGCCAGUUUGUUUUUAGCUCGGCUGACAGCAUGGCUCCGGUUAACAUACAUGGUUGGUACAUGUCUUAAUUUGCAGCUCAAAGCUCUCACUAUAUUCUUGUCAUCAUCAAGUGGUCACAAGUUCUUAGCCGAAUUUUUAGAGGUUGGUGGCGUGUUAACAGUACUUGAAAUCUUAGGGUUAAAACAAGCCAAGGAGGAAGACAAGACUCAGGCUUUGAGACUACUACAGUGUAUUGGCAAUGCUGGAAGGAAAUACAAGGAACUCAUUUGUGAAAGUUAUGGUAUCAGAGCAGUGGCAGAAUGCCUCGCUAGAUCAAAGUCAGAAGAAACACAAGACUGUGCUAGGAAUUUAUUACAGAUGUUGGCACAAGGCAAUCCUAAGUACGAAGUACAAGUAUACAAAGGUCUUAUUGCGUUGUUACCAUCCACAUCACCAAAAGCACAACAAAUGGCAUCACAAACACUCAGGAUAGUGCAGCCAAUUGUUGGACAGGCCAAUCCGAGCAUUGUGGAACCAGUGCUGAAUUUAUUGAGAACUCUACAUCUAGAAGUACAAUAUGAAGCAAUUGAAUUAAUUAAAGAUCUAAUGAAGUAUGAUGUGCAGGACCAGUUAUUGAGAGGAUUGGUACAAGUAUUGGUACCAGCUAGAGAAGAUAUGUUGAGAAGACCAGAGAUACUUGAUGAUCCUGAUGCACCUGAACUAAAGCGCCCUCUACCAGUGUUUGUCCAACAAGCUGCCUCUGCUAAAGUCAUUGGUAUCCUUGCUAGAGAAUAUGAUGAAAUAGCAGAGAAAAUGAUACAACUACGAGUCGUGCAUAAUUUAAUGAUAGCUAUGGGUAAUGAGGACCAUGCCGAUAGUCAAAGACAAGCAAGUAUUACAUUAGAGUAUUUAUCGACCACCUUUCCACUUGUUGAUGAACACGCACGAGAUGCUAUGGGUGAAUCAUUAUAUCAAAUGUUUAUUACCAAUCCUGAAGCCCUGUACCUCAGUAUGGAUGCAGUGCAGGCUGAUGUGUUGAGGUCAAAUAAGGUCAACAUCCCAGGAAUUGUAGAGACAGUAGAGUAAAGAUGUGUGAUCACAUUAAUUAUCUACUCAAAUUCAAGGAUGCCAGUAUAGAUAAUUCCCUUCGUGUUGAGCUAGAAAUUGGUUUUAAGAAGACUGGAUGUACCAAUGAAUUGUUUUGACACAAAUAUCAUCUGUAUUUGUUAAAUUGCUCAUGAUACCUGGUUCUCCACUAAGCCUUUCCAGUUCCUGAGUUGGAUUUUACUAUUACAGAUGAUGUCACUUUUACCAUCAAUGGAAAGUUUUAAAGCAAAUAUUGUAUAUCGGACAAAACAGUCAUUGCCCCAAGAAAGAUAAUUAAACAUCAGAAAAACAUAUUGUGUAUUAAAUAAGUGUGUGUUUCAUAUUUCAAUUGAAAAAUAUUGUGUAACCUUUCAUAAUGUUAUCUUCUUCCUGUUUGCCAAAACAAGUGGAUACAAGGAAAACAAUAUACCGGUAGUAUUAACCAAUGAAGCUAUAAAUAUUUACAAUAUAUACUGUUAGUGGAAACUCAACAUGCCUUUUUUUAUUGUAAAGAACGUUAUAACUAUUAAAUCAACUGUAUAAAAUACAUGUAUGUUAAUAAUUGUUGAUUAAAAUAACACAGCAUUGUUGUGUACAGUACUUGUAAAAAAAA